CCUUUCUCAUCUGUCCUCCAUUACCUUUAUAAGGAGACGGCCUAAAAGCCUUACACCCAGAGCUUGCAGCCGUCCUCUAGAAGCGUUCAUUCCAGGUCGUCUUGUUGCACAGCCAUUAUGCCUAAAGGCAAAAAGUUUACAGCCUUUGCGGACACAAUGUGUUCUGCCAGCAAUGUUCUUGAUGCAGCAAUUUCAGUCGGUGGUAAUGCUGCUGGACUAAUUCCAACACACCGCCAGUGUUCCAUUGAGAUUACAAAUAAAUGCUCUAACUACACCCUCCGUAACCCCAGUUUACACAGUGACAGUGGCUCCUGCACUGAACCUUUGCCGCUUACCAUCGACCCGUCUAAAACUGGGAAUGCUCUGUUCACUAAGACUCCCAACACGGCUCGAGGAGCUGUUGGCGUCUUCACUUACGACCUCAACCAAUCUACAAAUGCAUCCACUGAGAAGAUAGCUGUCAUGUUCUCUGUGCCCUAUGAUUACAACCUGUACUCCAACUGGUUUGCAGUGGGAAUCUUUGAUAAGAGUGUGUUAUGUGAUCAUGAUCUUUAUUAUCGGAUGUACAACAACACAGGCACGUUUGACAGGAAAAAAGGGGGCCAAAGUAUUGAGUACAAGAAAGAUAAUGUCACCAUCACAGCAAUGAUGACUGACACUUUCCAACCUGUCCUGCAGGUGGAGGUCAAAGACAACUGAAAUAAGACAACUGAGAAGUGUUGAAGUGUAGAUUCUCCUCCAGUCAACACAUGGCACAUUUGCGAAUUUCCUACAAUAUUCUGCCAAUAGUUACUCAGUGUAGUUUUGAUGAUUUUUUUAGCAUGAAGAAUUAAGAAGUCUAUAUUGCUCCAGUAUGCUGGUGAUAUCCACUGUGCGCUCUGUGUUAU